AUGAGAUACCUGAGAGCAGUGAAGGGAUUAACUAGAAGGGACAGAAUACGCAACGAAACAGUAAGGGCAGAAUUAGAUGUGGAACCAAUACUCGACAGCAUAAAAAAGCAACAACUGAAAUGGUUUGGUCAUAUGGUGAGGAUGGAAGAGGACAGACAGGCAAAAAGGAUAUGGCAAACAAAAACAAUACAGAAAAGACCGAGAGGCAGACCGAAAAAAACAUGGAAUGAUGUAGUAGCAGAAAACCUAGAAAAGAGGAACAAGACAUGGAAUGAAGCAAGAACAAUGGCAAGAGACAAGAACAGCUGGACAGGAUUUGUACAUAACUUAACUUAAC